UCAGUUUAAGGGUAAUAUGGUCAUUUCAGGAAGCUAAUAUUGGCUAAUUUUGAACUUUUAUUCAUUGUUCGUCGCUUCCAAUCUCUUCCAUCCGCCGGGAAGAGCUGCGGGGUUGAUGUCGGAUGGGUCGAUCAAGAAUAGUGUCGCGUCCUGCUGAUGAAGAUGCGAAUCCUGGUUGUUUCAGAAAAUCGAAAAGGAAGAAAACAUCUCCGGGCCCUGAGAACGCGGGGACUGCGAUUUCAACCGGAAAUGAAGUUCUGAAUGAGAGGAAGGCUGGUCUGUAUCACUGUAACUACUGCAAUAAAGAUCUGUCUGGUUUGAUCCGUUUCAAAUGUGCUGUAUGCACGGACUUUGACCUCUGCGUGGAAUGCUUUUCUGUUGGAGCUGAGCUUAACCCUCACAAGAGCAACCACCCAUAUCGGGUUAUGGACAAUUUGUCUUUCCCAUUUGUUACUCCUGACUGGAAUGCAGAUGAAGAGCUACUCCUUCUUGAGGCCAUUUCAACAUAUGGAUUCGGAAACUGGCAAGAAAUAGCGGAUAAUGUUGGGAGUAAGACAAAAUCAGAGUGCAGUGAUCACUACCAUUCAGCAUACAUGAAUUCCCCUUGCUUUCCUUUUCCGGAUUUGUCUCAUGCCAUCGGAAAGAGCAAAGAGGAGCUUAUCGCUUUGGGUAAAGAGCUCACAAUUAAAAAAGAAGUACCAGUACUGAUGGAGCCAUCUCCGAAAGAAGAGUUGCCGAUGCCAGCGGAAAUCAAGGAUGAAGCUUCGGGGAAGGAAGACGUGAUUGAUCAAUCAUUGCCCAACUUAGCAGGAAUUAAGAAGAAAGUGAAUGGACUACAAGCUAAGGAGAGCAUCAAGUCAGAAGUUGCAGAUCAACAACCUGACAGAAGUGUUGGGGAGAAAAAACCCAGACUUGCUGGAGAUCAAGCUCUGUCAGUGACAGAAUCAUAUGGCUACAAUUUUAAGAGGCAAGAAUUUGAUGUUGAAUAUGACAAUGAUGCUGAACAAUUGCUCGCUGACAUGGAUUUUAAGGAGUCAGACACAGAUGCGGAGCAUGAUCUAAAGUUGCAAGUUCUUCAUGUUUACUCGAAGAGACUUGAUGAGAGGAAACGGAGGAAGAAUUUCAUUCUGGAGAGAAACUUGCUUUACCCUGAUACAUUUGAGAUGAGCCUUUCACCAGAGGAGAGACAAAUAUACAAACGCUACAAAGUCUUUGCACGAUUUCAUUCCAAAGAGGAGCACGAGGAACUCCUUAAAACGAUCAUUGAGGAGCACAGAAUUCUCAGAAGAAUCCAAGAUCUUCAGGAAGCUAGGACUGCUGGUUGUAGAACUGCUUCAGAAGCAAACAGAUAUAUAGAAGAGAAGAGAAAGAAGGAAGCUGAAGAAACUGGGCAGCGGCUUAUGCAAGGUGUACCUGGCAGUGUGGCUGGUAAAGCAUUGAAAAGUCCAAGGGGGUUACCGAAAAGUUUGCAGCCCUUUGGUGCUGAAACAUUGUCAAAGGUCACGGGUCCAAUAAUAUCUAGCUCCCUGGACAACUGGGAUGUAAAUGGACUCCUUGGUGCUGAUUUACUCUCGGAGACUGAGAAAAAGAUGUGCAACGAGAUCAGAAUACUGCCUGCGCAUUAUCUCAAGAUGCUGCAAACCUUGUCAAUGGAGAUCAAGAAUGGUCAUAUAAAGCAGAAGUCUGAUGCUUACACCCUCUUCAAAGUAGAUCCAUAUAAAGUGGACAAAGUCUAUGACAUGCUUGUUCAGAAGGGAAUAGCUCAAUCAUGACCCAUGUGGUACCAUUUCAGAGAGCACUCGCUUAUUAUGUGAGUUUCUCUUUUGGUUCAUGUAGUCUCAAAUUAUGUUAGCCAUGUAUGUACAUAUGCAUGAAUGAAGCUUAGGAUGAUAGGAAUCAUGUAGUGUCGUAUCAGAUGGACAAAGGAAACUUCUUCAAAGGAGAGAAAUCUACAAAGCUUUAAUGAUACUACUCUUUCUGCUC